CCGGCGCCCCGCCCCUCCCGGCGUCCCUCGGCUUGCGGUCCAGCGCAGCCGGCGCCCCGGAGCUCUGGCUCCGCCGGCGCGGAGGAAUGGACCAGUUUUGACAAGAUGUAGUGCCGCGGUGUGCCUGAUGGGAUCUGUUCAGUCAUGGCCUCCGAACUGUGCAAGACGAUCUCUGUGGCAAGGCUGGAAAAGCACAAGAAUCUGUUCUUAAAUUACAGGAAUCUGCACCAUUUCCCACUGGAGUUGCUGAAAGAUGAAGGACUGCAGUACCUGGAGAGACUCUAUAUGAAGAGGAACUCCCUCACGACCUUGCCAGAAAACCUUGCUCAGAAGCUUCCAAACCUGGUGGAACUGUAUCUUCAUUCAAAUAACAUUGUUGUGGUUCCGGAAGCCAUUGGUUCCCUUGUAAAACUCCAGUGUCUGGACCUUAGUGACAAUGCCUUAGAAAUUGUUUGCCCAGAAAUUGGUCGUCUGAGAGCUUUACGUCAUCUCCGACUAGCUAACAACCAGCUGCAAUUCCUACCUCCAGAGGUUGGCGAUUUGAAGGAGCUGCAGACACUAGACAUUUCUGCCAAUCGUUUGCUAACUUUACCCGAGAGGCUUCACCUGUGCCUUUCUCUGCAGUACCUCACCGUGGACCGAAACCGGCUGCGGUGCGUGCCGCGCCGCCUCUGCCAGCUGCCCAGCCUCAACGAGCUCUCCAUGGCUGGAAACCAUCUUGCAUUUCUGCCACUCGAUCUAGGUCGAUCUCGAGAGCUGCAGUAUGUGUACGUGGACAACAACGUCCAUCUGAAAGGCUUGCCGUCCUAUCUGUACAAUAAAGUCAUCGGGUGCAGCGGCUGCGGUGCUCCCGUCCAAGUUUCCGAGGUGAAGCUGCUCUCCUUUUCAUCGGGCCAGCUCACCGUGUUCCUGCCCGCCGAGGUGAAGGCCAUCGGCACGGAGAGGGACUGCAUCCUGCCCCUGCAGGAGCUGGCCAUGCGGAGUCUGCAUCGCGCCUGCCACCGUUUUCUGAAAGAUCUGAACUUUCUGUCUCCCAUCUCAUUACCCAGAAGUCUCCUGGAGCUGCUGCAGUGCCCCCUGGGGCACUGUCACCGCUGUAGUGAGCCCAUGUUUACAAUCGUCUACCCCAAGCUCUUCCCCUUGAGAGAGACGCCGAUGGCAGGGCUGCACCAGGGGACGACGACGGUUAGUUUCGUGGCUUACUGCUGCUCCACCCGGUGUCUGCAGACUUUCGACCUACUGAGUUGAUACACACUCAGGAGCCUCAGGAGUGCCGCCAGCUUGCCUCCAUGUCACACGCUGUUUGUGCAGCAGAGGGACAGGAGAGCCCAGCCAGGCCAAACAGGCCCUCACAUCCUGUCCUGUCAAACACAGGGGACCGCAGAACUGCCUGGAGGUGUCAAGACUGAGCUUCAGAGCUGAACCGCCUUCGCCCUCCCCCCAAGUUGGAAUAUAUCCUCCCCCCAAAUUAAGGACCCUUUGUCUUGUGUGUUUUUCUUUGUUAUGCAAGUGUCUCCUACGCACACUGUUCAGUCCGACUGGGCCUCCCAAAUCUAAUUGAAAGCAAGUUUCAGUUCCCUGAAGAACCAUAGUUUGUUAAUAUUGGCAAGUUAACUUUUGAACACAUACAACUCAAGGAUACUUCUAAUUUUCUCUCUCUUCCCCUAGAGGAUCAUUUCACCCAGAAAUGACCAUUUCACGGUUACGGCCUCAAUAGCGUUGAAUAGUGGAGGGGGGGCAGUUCCUGAGUUGACAAAGAAGUUAGACCCCUGUGGGGUCCUAGCGUGCGCCCUCUGGAAAGUGACAGCCUUGUUUUUAAGUUUUGCAAUGUAUUAGGAGACUUUCAUGAGGGAUUUUAAAAAUAAAAAUGUAGGCCAUAAAUAAAACACACUCCUAUUUUGAAAGACUAUUUGCUGACAAAUAAUUUUUUGACACAUCUGAUUUCCUGAUAAGACGUGUUUAUUUGGGAAGAAUUUGACAAAUGUUUGAGGCUUUAAAAGAUCUGAUCCUUUUCUCUCUGGAUCCAAACAUGUUUCUGGCAGAGGAGAAAGGAGGAGGCAAAUACAUCAAAAUAUGACCCACAGUGUUUCUUGUCAGUUGGGUUUAUGGGGAGAUUUAUAGUAACUGAAAUAUUUCUGUGGCAUGU